AUGCGACGAUUAAUCCUUCUGUUUGCAGUGCUCGUCUGCGCCGAGUCCUAUAUUACGUACCGUGGACAGAAAGCCGGUCAAGCACAACGAGUAGUGCAUAUUCCGGUGAACCCGAAUGCUUUGAUGUUUCUACAGUCAGCUCAACGUCGUCCACUUCUAAAGCGUCGAUUCCUACUUCCACGUAUGGGAAUGCCCACUUACGUGCGAGAAGGUGAUCCGACUGCCCCAGCUUGGGAUUGA